AUGUUUCGAAAUACAUUUCAAAGUGGAUUCCUUUCCAUAUUCUAUGCUAUUGGGAGUAAACCAUUGCAGCUCUGGGAAAAACAAGUAAAGAAUGGUCAUAUCAAGAGAAUUACCGAUCAAGACAUUCAAAGCUCUGUUCUAGAAAUUGUUGGAAUCAAUAUCAGCACCACUUUCAUCAACUGCCCUGCAAAUCCUAAGAACACUCUCGGUAUUAAAUUGCCUUUCCUUGUCAUGGUCGUUAAGAAUUUAAGGAAAUUCUUUUCAUUUGAAGUGCAAGUUUUGGAUGAUAAAAACAUGAAGCGAAGAUUUAGAGCUUCCACAUGUCAAAGUGCGACACGAGUGAAACCAUUCCUUUGUACCAUGCCAAUGCGUUUGGAUGAUGGAUGGAAUCAAAUUCAAUUUAAUCUUGCAGACUUUACAAGAAGAGCCUAUGGAACUAAUUUCAUAGAAACUUGUCGAGUGCAAAUUCAUGCCAAUUGUCGAAUACGAAGAAUUUACUUUUCAGAUCGAUUGUAUUCUGAAAGUGACUUACCGAAUGAAUUUAGACUCUUUAUGCCCAUUCAAAGAUAA